AUGGACAUGAGCCAGCUUGACCUGUCAGGUGAUGACCCUUUCGUGCGAAUGAUUCAUGCACAGCAUUUCCGAUUGGAUGCCACAGAUGGCGACUCAGACUGGGAAGUGAUUGGGUGUUCGAACAGAACCCAUGAGCAGCAUGUGCGAGCACUGACCCGAACCAGUGACACCUGUUCUGUGAUCAUCGACUCCGGAGCUGAUGUCUCUUGCAUUCCGUUGAGCUUUGCAUCGUGUGGAGUCAGCUCCCCUGGGGACUGUGUGAUGCAUGUGCGUGAUGCUCAGGGUGGUAGCAUGCAGGUGAAGGAUGAGCGGAUUGUUGAUUUCGUUAUGCAAAGCCCAAGCCAUGGACAUGUCACAAUCCGUGAAAGAUGCAUCGUCGCAGACGUACUGCAGCCGCUAAUAAGUAUGGGUCGGUUGAUCAAACAGGGCUGGUUUCCGUGCAAAAAUGCCCAAGGCUUCUGGUUGAACCAUGAUGCUUCAGGAGCCGAUGUGCCUAUGACAUUCCGAGGCAUGAGCCUUGGAGUGGAUGCCGAGAUUCGUCGGGUUGAGAAAGCCGAAAGUCCAAGUUCUUGUGUGCAAGCCUGUGAUCCACAGAGUUCCCACGUCCAGUCGAAAGGUCCUCAAGUGCAAUCAUGUGAUCCGCAGAGUUCCCACGUCCAGUCGAACGGUCCCCAGUGUCAACCAGAUGACACACAUGUCCGCGUCCUUCAGCAUGCCGUGUUGGGUCCGGAGUUGAGCAACUUGCAUUUCGGGUGGCAGAUCCUCACCUCAGGGAAUUUGUGCUGGCGGGGUCGUUCGUCACGCAUGUUAGACCCAUCCUUUAUGGUUGAUCGAAGCUGGCCCUUGCGUUCCACCUUGAUGAGACGAAGUGAAACCUCAGCUUGGUUUUUGAUCGAACACUGUGAGUCGUGGUUGGGGAUGGAAGAUCUUGAAGAUGACAUCCUAGGAGGUGGAGAGGCUGAGUUGAUCGUUUGCAUGCAUGUGAGCAAGGAACCCAUGUCUUCGCUCGGAGUUGAAAAUCUCACUGAGAGCCUGGUUGAGGAUGUAGUUCCAUCUCCCAAGACCCCAGAACUUCCGUACGAUGAGGAUGAGUUGUUCGAUUAUGAACCGUCGCCAGUUGAUGAGCCCGAUGCAGGUGUGAUCAUUCGUGAAGAGCCUGCGUCCCGAGGUGCGUUGCCCGACAUGGAAGAGCCUCUUAGCAAUCCCGUUGCUGAGCCUGCUGACACGCUCACUCUUGACAUUGAUGGCGUUGUGCUCAACUGUGAGAGUUCGAUUGGUGCCCUGAAAGCUUCAGAGGGAGCUGCUCGAUUGCCCCACAUGCAAUCAAUCCCCGAUGUUCCGUCCAGAGAGCAACAGCUCAUUCACGAGCUCACUCACACGCCAUACGCGGCGUGGUGCAGCCACUGCAUCACCAUGCGAUCUGUUCUGGACAGAUCAGAGGCUACAAAUGCCGCACCACGAGACCUCCCGAGCGUCUCUUUCGACUUCUGCUAUACCGGGUUCAGUCCUUCCUCGAACGAGCUUGAGCCUGUAGCAGGUGAACCUUCUUCAAGUGCCAAGGACCUACUUUGCUGUCUGAUCGCACACGAUUCCGCCACUGGUGCCAUCACGGCAAUACCCUGUGAGAGCAAAGGCAGCACGCGAUACCUUGGGGUUGAGCUGAUGAGGUUCAUUCAAUCCUUGGGUCAUGCGACAGUGGAGUUGAGGUGUGAUGCUGAACCAGCUACACUUUCGUUGCAGCGUGCUGUGGUGAAUGCGAGACAGAGGCUGGGAUUGAAGACGGUUGAAAGGAAUCCUCCUGUUGGCCACCACCAAGCCAACGGGUAUGUUGAGAAAGCGGUAGACCUGAUCCGAAGGUUGGCGUGCACUCUCUUGGACAUGGUGAGGCAUAAGACUGGAUGCAAGAUCGAUGUUGUGCAUCCUCUCUUCGCAUGGUCCUUUGUGCAUGCUGCAUGGAUCCGGAACAGGUUCGCUGUGGCAGGAGGACUCACGGCGUAUGAACGCACUUGCAACGCUGCUUACACCGGGAAGCUUGUGGCGUAUGGAGAGCCAGUGUUUGCACAAGUGCAUGCAAAGAAGAAAGGAGACCCAAAAUGGCUGAAGGCUAUUUUCUUGACCAAGACCAGUUUGAACGACAUGUAUGUAGUUGCAAGCAGAGGUGGCGUGCGAGUCACCCGCUCCGUGAGGCGCACAGGUCAUGAGUGGAAGCAUGAUGCUGCUUUGUAUGCCGAUGUUAAGGGUUUUCCUUGGAACUACAGUAGCGGGGUCAUAGGAACUAAGAUGGUUCCCCCGGCCAAGACAAGGAAGGCCUUGCCUGCACCAAGCAGCCCACAAGACGUUGCAGCUUCAGAUCCAGUGCCCGAAAGUGUUCCAACACCGAGACCUGAGCUUCCAAAUCCUUCACAAAGGCCACAUGUGCCUCCUGCAACACCCGUGGAAGACCUGCUUCCACUCACAAGUCCAGUGGUGCCAUCAGGCACUGCUAUGGAGACUGAUGAGGCCAGUGAUGUUCUUGAAGAACGUGCUUCAAAAGUUCCGAGAAUCCGAACCGUUUCUUUUGCCAACAAGGACUAUGAUCUUAAUGACGAGCCCUUUGAGUUUGUGGAUGCAGAUUGGUCCGACUUCGAGUUUGUGGACCCCGAUUACGACAAGUGUUCGAGCACCGAACCCGACUCGGCAAUGAAGGACGAGGCGGGGCAGAGCGUUGAUGCCAGUGCUCUAUGGUUUCCAGACAAUGGUUGUGAACCGAAGCUUUCAGAGUCAGAUUUGUUCGAACUUGACAGGAUCGCUGAUGCUGUGGAAGUGAAUAGGCUGAUACAGAAGGGUGUGUUGCGCCCGUCGUCCGAGAAGGACAACGUUUCAUCGAUGAAGAGUCUCUCGACCAAAAUGGUCAGGACUUGGCGGCAGAAGAAGAGGAAUGGGAUGUCACAGUAUCUCCGAAGAUCCAGACUAGUGGCAAGGGAGUACAAGUGGCUUGAGGAGAAAUAG